AUGAGCAUCACGGAAAAAGCAGCGAGCAAAAGUCCUUGGGAUACAGACUUGACAUUCCUAACGCAGUCGUACAAGCGUACGCAUCUCAAUGCACUGCUAAUGGGCCCAGAUGACGCUGUACAAUCCACGCUUAGUGCGCUGUGGAACAACACCUCACAUAAUCUCAUUACAGAGUAUAGACGUCGCAUACGCAAUUUAGAUGGCUCUGAGAAACAAUCUAAAGUUUCUUACGAGAGAAGACGCGUCUUGCAGCACUUUCACUCCUUUCUUACCAAAGAAAAACGUUUCUACGUCGAUAUCAUCAGCCGAACUAUCUCACUGUACAGCCUCGAUGAAUACAAGUACACUAUUAAUGCGAUUGACUCGCAGGAUGGCGAUCAUAAGCAGGAUGUGCAGAUGGAUGUCGAUAGCGAUGAGGAAGUGACACGCGCAGAUGUCUCCUUAGACUACUCCAACACCGUAGCUGACGAGGGCUCCUUCGACAGAAAUUUGCGGGCGUGGAUUAUUUACCGCUGUCUCAUCUACAUUGGUGAUCUGCUGAGAUAUAAAGAGCUGUACAAUGAGGAGAAAGGUCGUCCUAAAGCUGGGCAGCACGUAAAGGACAAUGGAAAGAGACGUAUCUAUACUCAGGUCGUUGCUUGCUACAAUCUCGCAAAAUCAGUAAAUCCUCAUGAAGCACUCCAUUUCAAUAGCUUGGCUGUGGUGUGCAGCUAUAACGAUGACAAUUUAGGUGCACUCUACCACUACUACCGUUGCAUCACUACCACGAAAGCACCAAAACAGCCUCAGAAUCUCGCACGCAAUAACAUCACCUCCAUUCUAAACAAGGUACUGGACGAGAGUGUGGAGGAAAAUACUGACGGAGGUGACUAUAAUGUAUUAGUUAAACAGCUGAUAAAGAUCCACGCCAUGCUCUACUUGAAUCGCAAUGACAUACAAAGUGUCACCAAACUAGUCAACAAUUCCACGCGUCUCUUUAGGAAGCUGCUGGAUACACACACUCUCAAUUCUGAGACAAUCACUAGAAUCGUCGCUGUCAACAUUUGCUUAUACCAUUCUUUGCGCACCUAUAGACAAAUUGAUAUAGCCGGUGCGAACAUGUCGACGGAGGUGCGGAAGAGUACCGCACACAAAUACCUCGUACGUCUCAUCACCCAUCUCAUGCGCAGCGUGCGCGUGAGUUUGGAAGAGGUUGAUAGUGGGACCGGGAGCGAAGGUGAUGACGUCAGGUUGUCACACCUGCUGACUACUUCGAUGAGGAGAUCGCUGCCAGCACUGCGCCUUAGUAUGCACUGGCUCAUCUCCAAUAUAGAUCACCACCUCAAAGCCAAGAUGGGAUCCAAAAGUAACAGUAUACCGGAGUUCUGGAGUGAGAUGGAGUAUUUCAGAGAUACGAUACAUAAGUGCUUCUAUGGACUCGAUUUCCCGAAGUGUGGCUAUGCAUUCGAUGAAGAUGAGGAGUUCUCGGAAUUCGAGGGCGUGAAGAGGUGCAAAUUUUUUAUCAACACUGUCUCAGCGGAGGAAGUGCGGCGAUUGAGACGAGAGAGACAUCCUAAUGAAGACCAAUUUGAUAGAGUGAUGGAUGUUAAUGAGCUGGUUAAUAAGGCACUUUCUAAAAACGGAUAG